AGUCAGCUAGGCGAGGAUUUGUCUUCGGGAAUUUAAUGGAUGGAGGCGGCCGCACUCACCGUCCGAGCUUCUGUUUACUGUUAACUUGCGACAAUCUCAAGCUGUCACAUUAAAACAACCGGCAACUCUUCUACCAGGGAUAUCUACAAGAUGUCUACUAUAACGACCAACGCAUUGCAGACUUCAUAUCCUCCCAUCCUCCCAAAAUCUUUUAAUGCCAACCAACCCAAAACAAUUCGUCUCUAUCCUCUCUCAAACUACACUUUCGGCACCAAAGAAACCCAACCUGAAGAAGACCCCUCCGUCCUUGCGCGCCUCAAACGUUUAGAGGAACAUUAUGUCGAGCACGGUAUGCGACGUACCUGUGAAGGAAUUCUUGUCUGCCACGAACACAAUCAUCCUCAUAUCCUCAUGCUCCAAAUCGCAAACGCCUUCUUCAAGCUUCCUGGAGACUAUUUAAAGCCCGAAGAUGAUGAAGUAGAGGGAUUCAAGCAGAGGUUGAAUGAGCGAUUGGCACCCGUAGGAACACAGUUUAGCGGGGAGGGCGUGAAUGAGGAGUGGGAAAUUGGAGAUACAUUGGCGCAGUGGUGGAGGCCGAAUUUCGAAACUUUUAUGUACCCAUUUAUCCCAGCGCAUGUUACGAGACCAAAGGAGUGCAAGAAGUUAUAUUAUAUUCAGCUUCCUAGACAGAGUAUGCAUAUAUUCACCUGGAAUUACAGAGUGCAGCAAUACUAAUAUAUAUACAGAAGUACUAAGUGUUCCUAAGAACAUGAAGCUCCUCGCAGUACCACUUUUCGAGCUUUAUGAUAACACAGCAAGAUACGGACCUCAACUCUCUGCAAUUCCACAUUUAUUGUCAAGAUACAACUUUGAGUUUGUUGAUGAGAAAGGUGAUGUGGUAGCUGUCACUCCUGGUGGAGGACCAGAAGAAGGAUAUGUGCCAAAGACACUUGUUUUAGCCGGAGGCGAUGAUGAAACAAUGGAAGAAGCUGAUAACAAGGAAGAAAAUGGCGUUUAAUAAACUGCAGGAUAAUUACAGUGUCAUCAGAGCAAUAGAAGACAUGGGAAUGGCGUUUAGAGGUCAAAAUAUUAAACAGCUUGGGACAGCUGAUGGAUUGACCGGGUAGAUAUGAGGCUUUGAUGUUUUGCAGAUAUCCCAAAAAAUUUCCUCGAUAGUCACUCAACUAUAUUCACCCGAUUGCAGAGACUCUGGUGUAGUGAACGUUGCACAAACAAAU